AUGGCACCCAAAGUUAAAAAGGUUCAGCAGCAGGAGAAUGUCCAGCUUGGUCCCAAGGCACUUGAAGGCGAGAACGUCUUUGGUGUUGCUCGCAUUUUCGCCAGCUUCAACGACACCUUUGUUCAUGUCACUGAUCUGACUGGACGUGAAACCAUUGUCCGUGUUACUGGUGGCAUGAAGGUCAAAGCUGAUCGUGACGAGUCUUCUCCUUACGCUGCUAUGUUGGCUGCUCAGGAUGUUGCCGUCAAGUGCAAGGAAGUUGGCAUCACCGCUCUUCAUAUCAAGCUCCGUGCUACCGGUGGUACCGGUACUAAAACUCCUGGACCUGGUGCCCAGAGUGCUCUUCGUGCUCUUGCCCGUGCUGGUAUGAGAAUUGGCCGUAUUGAAGAUGUCACUCCCGUCCCCUCCGAUUCUACCAGAAGGAAGGGUGGUCGUCGUGGUCGUCGUCUGUAGUUUACAUUGCUUUUAUUAUGCAGUGGUAUUGCUAUGGCUGUUUUUUCUGAAACGAUCAUGAUUGUGUUUUUAUAAAACAAAUUCCUUCUCAUCUGUCUAGAUUUUCAGUGGUAAUUUGUUAUUAAAAAGGAUUACAUGGAUCAUGAAACAAUUAAGAUUCUA